UCUAUUUCUGCUAUAGCCCGGCAUGAACUUCAAAAACCACAGUUUUCGCCAGCCCCAAACCCUCGCCGUGCGACGACGAUGGCCGCCGAAUCGAAGACCAAAUACGAUCGCCAACUCCGGAUAUGGGGUGAACAAGGCCAAGCUGCGCUUGAAAAGGCUAGCAUAUGUUUGCUCAAUUGUGGUCCUACUGGGUCUGAGGCAUUGAAAAAUCUAGUGCUUGGGGGCAUUGGCAGUAUAACUGUUGUUGAUGGAUCGAAAGUUGAAGCAUUUGAUCUUGGGAACAAUUUUAUGUUGGAUGAGGAAAGCCUUGGACAGUCAAAAGCAAAAUGUGUUUGUGCUUUUCUGCAAGAGCUUAAUGAUGCUGUAAAAGCCAAGUUUGUGGAGGAGUCUCCUGAGACCUUAAUUGAGACAAAGCCUUCUUUUUUUUCCCAAUUUACUCUGGUCAUAGCGACCCAGAUACUGGAAAGCUAUUUGCUAAAGCUGGAUAAAAUUUGUUGGCAAGCAAAUGUCAUGUUGGUAGUAGCACGCUCGUAUGGGCUUACUGGGCUAGUCAGAAUCAGUAUGAAGGAGCAUGUUGUCAUUGAGUCGAAGCCUGACCACUUCCUGGAUGAUCUUCGGCUUCAUAAUCCAUGGCCUGAACUCAAACAGUAUGCCAAUACCUUUGACUUGAAUGUGAAAGAUGCGGUUGUACACAAGCAUAUCCCUUACAUAAUCAUUCUUAUAAACAUCGCGGAAGAGUGGGCUAAUUCACAUGGUGGGAAUUUACCAUCAACCAGACAAGAGAAAAGGGAUUUUAAGGAUCAAGUAAAAGGCCACAUGCUUAAUUUCGAUGAAGAGAACUAUAGAGAAGCUAUAGAUGCCUCAUUCAAAGUUUCAGCAUCUCGAGGAAUCAGUUCUCAUAUUCAACAGAUAAUUAGUGACAGUGCAGCUGAAGUUGGUUCAACAUCACCUGAUUUCUGGGUUCUUGUGGCAGCUUUGAAGGAAUUUAUUGAAAAUGAAGGUGAUGGAGAGCCCCCUCUUGAGGGAUCAAUACCAGACAUGACAUCCUUAACUGAGUACUAUAUCAACUUGCAGAAGAUCUACCAAGCAAAGGCAGAGUCAGAUUGCCUUGCAAUGGAACAUCAUGUGAGGAGUCUAUUGAAGAAAAUUGGUAGAGAUCCUGAAUCCAUUUCAAAAGCAUACAUCAAAAAUUUCUGCAAAAAUGCAAGAAAGCUCUCUAUCUGUAGAUAUCGCCAACUUGAGGAUGAGUACAACUCCCCCGUUCUUCCAGAACUCCAGAAAUAUUUGACAGAUGAGGAUUACAGCUUUGCAGUAGGCUUUUAUAUACUUCUUCGAGCAGUGGAUCGAUUUGCUGCCAAUUACAACAGAUUUCCCGGAAUGUUUGACGGUGACAUGGAUGAAGAUAUAUCAUGGUUGAAGACAAUAGCUGUUGGCAUGUUGAAUGACUUGGGCUGCCAUGGGUCAGCAAUCAUACCGGAGGACCUCAUCAAUGAAAUGUGCAGAUUUGGUGGUGCAGAGCUUCAUGCAGUGGCUGCACUCAUUGGAGGAAUCGCUUCUGAAGAAGUAAUCAAGCUCGUCACCAAACAAUUUGUGCCAUUGACUGGGACCUUCAUAUUCAAUGGGAUUGACCAGAAGUCUCAAGUAUUACCAUUCUGAAAUUACCUUCAAGAAUUCGGUAAUUUAUUAACCUUCAUCAGAAAACAGAGUUAAUUUACUGAUUUAUAGUCCAAUUAUUUAUGCUCAAUUUGUAUGAGUGUUGGUUAUAUCACUUUUUUGUUGCCAUCCGAAUAUAAUCGAAGAGGAACUCAAGAUCUCUUUUAGGAGCUGAGUACGGUAUUUGGAGUUCGAUGAGUUGAUGAAGUGAAAGGUUAUACCAAGGAAAUUAUGGUUUUUGGUGCAAAGUAAAUUGUGGUAGAACUAGAAGGUACAAGUUAUCCUUUGGCAGGAGAGUUGUUCUUCAAAAUGGUUGUAUAAUUCUGUUUGGCUUUCUCUCUGUGUGUGUGUCAAAAAUGUUGGAAGAGAGUUGCCAAAAAUGUGAAAAAAGAGUUAUUUAGGUUUGCAUGAUGAAUUUAAUAAAAUAUGGAUUUCCGCA